AUGUUAAUUACACCUCCAAGUGCUGAUAAUGUUAAAUUCUCUCUUUUAAGUGGAAGUAGAAUCUCUUGCCUUGGAGAAAAUUUCAGGAAAGGUGCAGGCAUUCUACAUCUUUAUACAGAAAGUGAACAUGAUGUUCUCAGCUGUGGAUAUGAUGCAACCAUCAGGAUGUGGGACCGUCGAUGUGGAAACAAGAGUGUUUUGGAAUGGGAAGAUCCCUAUGACUCUGCUGUAUACUGCAUAUCAUCUGACCAUAACAUGACAGUUCUUAGCGGAACGUCUCGACAUGGGGUUGUACGGCUCUGGGAUAAACGUUGGAAUAAGCAGGUUCAGAUGUUUUAUGUGGGGCGUGGAACCAAUAGUCCUGUGUAUUGCGUUACUUUUGAUGCAUGCAACAUGUACGUUGCCUUGGAUAAUUGCCUUACAUUGUUGUCUUUUAACACAUAAUGGAAAGGUUUGGUCUACAUUUCUCUGUUGUGAAAAGAAGUUUAGGAACUAGUUAGUUUUUAUGGACUAUGUUUUUAUUUAUUUUGGAGUAGACAAAGUACGUGAAAAUUUUCUGAAAACCUGAUACUUGUAUAUUCUAAAAACCUUCGUACUCAUAAAAAAAAAUCUCUAACAAAUGAUGAAAUCGAAAUAUUUGCCUGAAAUAAAACGUGUUUUUUUAAUGACUA